AUUAGAGAAAUUGUGCGUUCAAGUUCACACCUUUUCAACAGGUGUUUUGGUACCAUCACACCUCGGACGAAGAGAGCAAGUGGAUAGACCACUCCAGCCAGGACAGAUCGCCAUUACCACCCCAGAGGAAGGAAGCCAAGCCAAGAGCAAACAGUAACAAUGUCAAACAGACCCUGUUUACCUGUGCCAAGGCGUCGCAAGAGACAAGGGACCAAAACUACUAGUAGCAAUGAUGAUUUUGGUGAUAUCGCCACGAUGGACGCCUCCGAGUAUUUGAGUCGCGUGAUCCAACAAUCGAAGCAAUUGCCAGACGUCCUGGUGACACAGCAACAACAACAAACCAAGAAGAAGAAGAAGAAACAGCGCUGUCUGGAUGUUCCCAUUGAUGGAUCGGCAGCUUCCGUGCUCUAUUUGAUCUCGGAUCGAACGGUCUUGGUCCCUCCUCCAUCGGCACGGCAUCUUCCUCCACAGACCGAGACAUGGAUCCAACAGACCCUGGCCAAUUUCACGCAACUCAGGACUUACCUGACUUCCAUGAAACAACCAAAACCAAAUCGCAAGCAGCCAGUGCCACCCAUGAGCGAUCGUCCUGCAUGGCACAUUUUUUGCCUUGGCGAAACAGAGGCCAGAGGCAAUGUAGGUGACUAUUAUUGCGAGGAUGACAACAACAAGGCGGAUGAAAAUCCACCGAAAGCACAGCCACAAAAACUGGAGAAUCUGGAAACAAAAAUCAGUACCAACGAGGAAACUACUCGUAAGGAUGAGCCAGCCAAAGCCAAGGAAAGUUCGAUAGCACAGGAUCCUCCGAAAACGACACAAGACGACGACAUCAAAGAAGACCAAACCACAACCGUUGAAGAACCCUGGCGACACAAUCUACCUCCCGGCGGAUACGAAGCCACGACAAGUCUCUUGCUGCAACUGGACCAAGUCUUGGUACGACGAGUCAUUGCUCAUCUCGCUCAUUACAUUUGUCACGAAGAUUACCGCAUUUCGUCCAAGCGGUCACUAUGGUUGUAUGCCCUCUUGGCAUGUUUGGAAAAACCCAUUCAUCGCAAUGAAGCGGCCGUUCUCUACAGCUUGCUCAAGACGUUGACCCAUCGGAGGGCCAGCAUGACGAUGUCAACAACGACAAAUGAUCCACUGCUGGCACAUAUCAAUACGCUCAUUGUCCUAGUGGCGCUCUACUUUGAACAAGGAGACCGGCAUCAGGUCAUGACAGUGCAGCAAGCAGGUAGUUCUUGAGGCUAGACCAACAGCUAGUCAAACAAUCGCGCACAAGACUACAUAGAUAUGUCAUCACCAUGGCGAAGCGAACUGCUAGCUAGUGACAAGGAGUCGAUGCGGUUGCGGGGGCGCUAUUCGAGGUGGCCGCCGAGAGGUUUAUUGUAGGAUUGCUGGAAGUGCCACUGGCCAAUGACGAGACAAGGGGCAGGAUCAACACGACAUCAUACGCUAAUCCUCGUGCUACCGUAGUCAACUUUUGAAGCAGACCGAGCGUAACGAAUGCAUGUUUGCUGCAGUGGUGGGGAUGUGGUUCUAGUACUACGGUUGAAACCGAAACGAACCCCAUUGUAUGUGGUUAGACUGAACUAGUUUUAGCUACACCUGUAGCGAUUCUGUAGAAGGAGUCGAGUACAUGUACGCUAUUGGAGACGAAACUAAGUGCCUUCUCAAGGAGCGAGAGCACGUGACGCUGCUCGUAGAGUUGAAGGAAUCUUUGAACGAUUGCAUAGGAAGUGGCGGCGUUGAUUCGGCAUUCUUACAGUAGCAAUAUCUGGCUAGAUAGACGAGGACAUGGAUAGGUAGAUGCAGCAAGAGUGCCAUCCGGGUGGUGCGCCACCUGGAUGGGUUCUUGACAAUCAGAGCAAAAAAUAAAACAGUUUUGUUUUGAUUUUUUUAAAAAUAUGGUUUCAUUUCAAAUUGAGUCGAGUC